AUGGUCAUGUGCCACUAUCCCGCCGGUAACCUAAAGAGCUGCGAAGAUUCUGGCCUUCUGACUUGUGAGCACGCGGUCAAUGCAUUUGGGCAGACUCUCGAUGGCCUGCGUUUCCUGCACCGCUCAAACCUACCUCAUCGGGAUCUCAAGCCCGAGAAUAUCCUGGUUACAAUGGAACCACUCUUCAAAGUUGUCAUCGCCGACUUUGGAUUCGCAAAAGUGAUAGAAAAUGACACACUGCUACAGAGCUCGCGCGGCACACUGCGGUACAUGGCACCAGAGCUGUACUCUCACGAUGGCUACGGACUAGAGGUUGAUAUUUGGUCGCUGGGUGUCUUGGGGCUCGAAAUAAUUUACCAACUCCCCAAGAGCCCAAAAGACGCGUCAGCGAGCAGGCAGCUAAUUCGGCCGGGGCCUGACCGGUCCAAGAUGUUCGAGGCUGCCGCCCUCGAUAAGAAUCAGAAGAAUCGGCAGAAUGACGCGCCCAUCAUCAUCAUUGCCAACAUGCUUAAGUGGAAAGGGAAGGACCGUUGGUCGGCAGUCCAAUGCCUUGAACGCGGUCUUGGCAGACGAGUCUUUGCGAGGAGAUCAGAUCGUUGCAUUGGCGCCCACCCGGGCUUGGAGACGUCAACCUUUCGAGAGUAA